AUGCCACGCCAGGAUAUCUCAUUCCAGACCUCUGACAAUGUCACGCUGCGAGGAUGGCUCUACAGGCCCCAACAUGCCAGUGACAGUAAACUCCCAUGUCUUAUUAUGACCCACGGAUUUUCGGGUUUGAAAGAAAUGGAUCUGAACAUGUUUGCCGAUCAUUUUGUGUCCAACCUGUCCCUGUCAUGCCUCGUGUACGAUAAUCGUGGCUUUGGCGACAGUGAUACCAAAGCAGAACAGCCACGUCAAGAGAUAAUUCCUGCACAGCAGAUCAGCGACUAUUCAGAUGCCAUCACUUAUGCCCAAUCUCGAUCCGAUGUCGACUCGGACAAAAUUGGUGUCUGGGGGAGUUCCUACAGUGGAGGUCAUGUUCUAUGGCUUGGUGCUGUCGACAAAAGAGUGAAAGUGGUGCUUUCUCAGGUGCCAUGCGUUGAUGGAUGGACAACGUUCCACAGACUGAUCCGCCCUGAUUUCAUCGCGGGUCUAAAUCAGCUAUUCCAGGAUGAUCGUCUAGCCCGAGCGGCAGGGAAGCCUGCAGGAACGUUACCUGUAGUUGAUGCAGACGUUUACAAACCAUCUGCAUUGCCGACGCCCGACAGCUACGAGUUCUUCACGAGCUGGGGCAAGAAGAGUAACUGGAAAAAUGAAGUGACUGUCAAGAGUGUUGAGGCAUUCCGCGAGUAUAAUCCAUCAGCACACAUCCACCACAUUUCCCCUGCGCCAUUGUUGAUGACUGUCGCCCAAAAUGACGUCCUCACGCCUACUGACAUCGCUCUAGAAGCUUUUUCGCGUGCCCUUGAACCGAAGCAGCUUCAUAUCUUGCCUGGAGGUCAUUUUGAUGGAUACUCGGGACCAAACUUCGAGGCAAACGCUGGUUGUCAGACUGAAUUCCUUCGCAAGUAUCUUUGCUCCUAACAGAUGGCAGCGAGUGCUGAAGAGCAAUGGGCAUAAGAUGUGAAGUGGUUGAAGAGUAGCAUUCUAUGGUGCUAAUUUUCCGAAUUCAAUUUUGUGUUUUUCUCCCAUGAUUACUCAUCAGGUGCAAAAUGCCCCGGAGACAUCCAUAUUGAUUAUGUGAUCAACAAUAUGAGACCGACAGCCCGAAGUCAAGGGCU